AAGCAGAUCAGAUUUCCAUCAUGGCUUUGAAGGAGGAAUUUGAAGCGCACGCUGAGAAAGCUAAGACAUUGCCCGAGAGUACCACCAAUGAGAACAAGCUGAUUCUUUACGGGCUUUACAAGCAAGCCACCGUUGGCAAUGUCAACACAAGCCGUCCUGGCAUAUUCAACAUGAGAGACAGAGCAAAGUGGGAUGCAUGGAAGGCUGUUGAAGGAAAAUCCACCGAUGAAGCCAUGAACGACUACAUCACCAAGGUGAAACAGUUGCUGGAAGAAGGUGCUGCUUCAGCAUAAGGCUCAUCUAUCUAUGUUGUUAAAUUGUUAUUGGAAUUGGACUAUGUGGCUUGUCUGAUUUUAGUGUAACAGCAGGUGUAUGCUUUUCCUGGCUAGGAAAAAAAUUACUGCUAUAAGUAUCUUUGAACCUUCUAUCAAUAAACCCCUUAAAAU